CGGUGGCGUGCGGCCUCGCGCUUGCGCAGUGGGCGCGGCGAGGGCGGAGCGACGAGCCGGACGCCGGGUGCGGCGCUGAGGGGUGCGGCGGAGCGGUGCCGGCCCUUGCAGGUAUGCAAAGAAGCCUUUUCUCCUGGAUGUCCUCGGAGAGAAUAUGGAGCAGCCUGGAGUUCUCCUCUGGGUGAAAGCAGACCCCUUUAUAGUGGGUGCCUUGCAGACCCCCCCUCCCUCCAAGUUCAGUCUUCACUAUCUCAGGAAGAUAGCCACCUAUGUGCGGACCCGGGCGGCCGAGGGGGCAUACCCCCGUCUCUCCUGGCCCACGUGGAGACGCAUUGCCUGUGGGAAGCUGCAGUUGCCUAAGGAGCUGGCGUGGCUGUACUUUGAAAUAUUUGAUGGUCUUUCGGUGAAGACACCCGAAGAGCGCCUGGAGUGGUCUGAGCUUCUGUCCAACUGUACGUCUGAGGAUGAGGUUGAAAAGCAGAGAAGUCAGCUCUCAGUGGACACCUUGCAGUUCCUGCUCUUCCUGUACAUACAGCAACUAAACAAGGUCUCCCUGAGGACAUCUCUGAUUGGGGAGGAAUGGCCUAGUACCAGAAACAGAGCUCCGUCUCCUGAUCCUACUGAAAAACCAAAUUGUCAUAAUAAGAAUUGGAAUGAUUACAGUCAUCAAGCUUUUGUCUGUUCUCAUCUGUCAGACCUUCUUGAGCUGCUUCUAGAUCCAGAACAACUCACUGCAUCAUUUCAUUCAUCCCAUGCCAGCCUAGUCUCUCCAGAAGCUGUUGUUGCACUCAGCUUUCUAAUUGAAGGUACAGUAAGUGGAGCCAGGAAAAUCUAUCCACUUCAUGAACUUGCACUGUGGCAACCACUGCAUGUGGAAAGUGGCUUCUCAAAAAUCUCUAAGACUUUCUCUUUCUACAAGCUGGAAGCCUGGUUGAGAACCUGUUUGACUGAGAAUCCAUUUGGUACAUCUGCUUGCCUCAAGUCUGGAAAAAAAUUGGCUUGGGAUCACCAAGUUGACGGUACAGCCAAGAGAGCCAAGAUCACUUGCAAUACUCAUGUGGCCCCAAGAAGACACCGCAUUGUGGUGAUGAGCCAGGUUUACAAGCAGACAUUAGCCAAGAGCUCAGAUACCCUGGUGGGGGCACAUGUGAGGAUUCACCGUUGCAAUGAAUCUUUUAUAUAUCUGCUUUCUCCCUUACGCUCUGUGACAGUUGAGAAGUGCAGGAAUAGCACCUUCGUCUUGGGCCCUGUGGAGACCACACUUCACCUCCACAGCUGUGACAAUGUUAAAGUCAUUGCCGUGUGCCGUCGUUUUUCCAUCUCUUCUACAGCAGGUUGCAUCUUUCACAUUCUGACACCUACACGCCCACUUAUUCUCUCUGGAAACCAAGGAGCAACAUUUGCCCCCUUUCAUACUCAUUACCCAAUGCUAGAGGACCAUAUGGCUAAGGCUGGCCUUGCUACAGUGCCUAACUAUUGGGAUAAUCCAAUGGUUGUGUGCAGAGAGAACAUUGACACAAAUACUUUCCGCCUCUUACCACCCUCUGAAUUCUACGUAUUUAUUACGCCCUUUGAAAUGGAAGGGGACACAACAGAGAUACCUGGGGGUCUCCCAUCUGCAUAUCAGAAAGCACUGAGCCAAAGAGAACAGAAGAUACAAAUCUGGCAGAAGACUGUAAAGGAGGCUCAUUUGACAAAGGAACAGAGGAAGCAGUUCCAGGUGCUUGUGGAGAACAAGUUUUAUGAGUGGCUGGUUAGUACGGGACAUCGCCAGCAGCUGGACAGCCUCGUGCCCCCUGCGGUCGCCUCCAAACAAGCGGCAGGAUAGAACUCCAGCCUCAGCACUGGUGAGCAUGUCUAACGUAGCCACUUCAACCAGAUUCCUUGGGAAACACCUUCCGAGCAUGAACAUACCAACAUACCAUUGCCAGAUUUCUGCCACUCCCACCAGCACACACAGAUUUUUACAUAUUCAUAUAUGCCAUAUUGUAUAGUGAGACCAGAAUAUUCAGGUGAAACUUAUAAAAUUUUGGACAAAUAUUAGUCUAAGGAUCAGGAUAAUUAUCUUUAUGCUAUUUUGUUUGGCAUAAGUUGUACUGUCCAAAAAUACUAUUGUCCCCCAAACGCAGUUGUCUCAUUCCUCCUUUGUAAUAUGUCUUUCUUAUUUCCAAUCCCCCAACCCGAAUGUUUUGUGAAUUUUCUGAUCUUUAUUGAUUGCUCAUGUAAGUGUAAUAA